CCCCACCCCAAAUAAAGAUGCCUCGACUGGAAGAGCUGGCCAACGUGGCCCUGAGGGUGCCGAGCAUCCUGGUGCUGGACCUGCUGUAUAAAUGUGACAUUGAAGGGCUAACGGAGCACCUCAAGGCCAAAAAUGAUGACAUGCUCUUCAAAUACAAAUAUGUCAUCUGGAACAUGUACUACAUUGGGCAUCUCCUUAACUUGGUGGUGUUGGUUCUUCCUCUGAGGCACAUUGUGACGCUCUACCUCCACAUCCUCGCUGCGCUCCUCCUGUACAUGGGGCAUCAGAUUUCAAAGGAUUAUGUCCGUGACGAGCUGCAGUACGGUUAUGAAGGAGCGGUGUACCUCGACUCUCUAGCCUUCAACAGAUUUGUCUCUGCAAUGACGAGUCAGAUUAUUCUCAGCACGCUGUGUGCCUUCCUGAUGAAGAGCAGGAAGGUGUGGCUGUUCUCGGCUCACCUGCUCCCCCUGCUGGCCCGACUCUGCUUCCUGCGGCACGCCACGCUGCUCACCGUCAACACGCUCUCCGUGGGACUCACCGCAGCGGGGAUCACCGUGUUCCUCCUCGCACAUCUCUUUGUGCCGUACCGCCUCGCAAAGGCUGCCUAUUCAGAGCUGCUGCAGCUGGAGGUGAUCGAGCUGUACCGACUCCUGGCUGUGGGGAUCUCUCUGUGGAACCAGUUUGCCGUCCCGGUGCUCUUCAGUGUUUUCUGGUUUGUCCUCUUUGUCGUCCAGCUGUUCUCAGACACCAUGUCCACCAAAUCCUCGGCAACGGGAUAUCAGGGAAUCCUCUUCUUCCUGCUCACAAGUGUGUCUGAAUGUUGUGCCACGCCGUACUCCCUCCUGGGUCUGACCUUCGUGGUUUCCUAUCUCGCUCUCGGGCUGCUCAACCUAUGCAAGUUCUACCUGGGAGGUCACGCAGCCGUUCUGAACGAGAACGUCAUGCACAGAGGUGUGACGGAGGGCGUUACUCUGCUGCUGCUCGCUCUGCAGACCGGCCUGCUGGACAUGCAGGCCCUGCAGCGCACCUUCCUCCUCAGCAUCAUCCUCUUCAUCGUGGCCACUUCCACCCUGCAGUCAAUGAUCGAGAUAACAGAUCCGGUUAUUCUGGCGCUCGGUGCAUCCCGCAACAGGAGUGUGUGGAAGCACUUGCGUGGCAUCAGCAUGUGUCUGCUCCUGCUGAUUUUCCCUGUGUACAUGGCUUAUAAAAUCUCCAAGUUCUUCCACAUGGACUUCUGGCUCCUUAUACUGGUGUCCAGCUGCAUGCUCACUUCCCUUCAGGUCACAGGCACCAUGCUGAUCUACUCCCUGUUCAUGGUGGAGCUGUUCCGCCGCGACCCGAUCGAGAGCCUCGAUGAGGUGAUCUACUGGGUGAACGCCGUCAGCCGCGUGCUGGAGUUCGUGGUGGCGCUGUGCGUGGUGGCGUACGGCACCUGGGAGUCGCUGUUUGGCGAGUGGAGCUGGAUGGGCGCCUCCGUCAUCAUCAUCCACUCGUACUUCAACGUUUGGCUCCGAGCUCAGUCCGGCUGGAAGAGCUUCCUGCUCAGACAGGAAGCGGCGAAAAAGAUCAACUCCCUCCCGCUGGCCACGGCUCAGCAGCUGCAGGAACACAACGACGUCUGCUCCAUCUGCUUCCAGGAAAUGAGCUCUGCUGUGAUCACAUACUGCGGACACUUCUUCCACGGCAACUGCCUGCGCAAGUGGCUGUACGUGCAGGAGACGUGCCCCAUGUGCCACCAGAAGGUGCGCCCCAGCCCCAGAGAGAGAAACACAGCUUCAGGAGACGCUGCAGAGGAGGAGGCAGCUCCCAGAGACACGGGGCCGGAUCCGUCCGCACAACAAGCGGAAGAUCUGAACCAGGACAACGGCUCGUUACCAGAGAUGCAGAGCGAUGCUGUAACUCCAGAUCCUGCAGAGCAGCAGGAGGAGAUUAAAAGCUUUGAGGAUGGAGAUUGUGCGAGAGAAGGUAAAGACAAACAAGAUGAAACUCAAAGGGAAGCUGUUCAAGGUCUUCGUUUCAGCUCCAGUGGAGAUUUUGUUGGAUUUGUGAGCCCCUGCUCUUCGGGGGGAGAUGCAGAAUCACGUAACACCUCUCUUUCUAACAUGCACAACGAAGGUGAGGAGAGUGGCAUAGACUCACCGCCGCCAUCGACGUUAGAGCGCCAAUCUGCCUCAUAUGGAGCAGAACGUGAAGACAGCAGCAACGCUUUCUCUCCUGAAAACAGGGAUUUUAAUAAACACAAUGACUGUGAACGAACAACCAGAUCAUGCAGCCUUGAAUCAAACAAAAGUCUUGAGGCAUGCGGUGUGAACAGCCAAACCUCAGUUAAAUCUUCUAAUAAAAACUCUGAAUUCUUAGACUGUGUUGAGGAUCCUGAAAACCAUAAAGGUUCUUCCUCCUGCACACGCUCAGAGGACAGUGACUGACUGCAUCAGUGCCUUGGGAGGAUGUCAGAGGGGGAUCUUCCAUAACGAAGGAUUUAAACACAUUUGCCUUCUCUCUGUGUUAACCAAUCAAAAUUGUCUUUUACUGGACAGUAUAAUGAAUGUUAAGGAAAUAACAUGUGUUUGUGUUCAAUAUGGGCUACCUUCAGACUGCAGGCUAAAUGCUAAAACGUUAUAAUAAAUAACCACCAUUAAUACAUAUUAUACUGAUAGUAGUUUUACUGUUGUCAAACAAUGCAAUGCUAAUUAAAAAUGUUCACUUUUAUUUAAUUUUAAUAUUUUGUUUGUUAUAAUAAUUGAUAUCAUUUAUUUGAUCUUUGCAUUAUUGGAUAAUUAUCAUUUUGGCCGCUUCCAUAUAUUGGGUUUUGAAUAAGGUCUGAUAUUGGUAAUAUUUGAAAAAUAAAUAAAUCAGGAAUGAUCCCUUGCAGUGUGAACGUAGCCAUAAAGAGACUGAAUUGUGUUGGGUUAAAAUCUUAUUGUACAACCGUAAAGAAAUUAAAUUACAAUUCAUAGAACUGAUUUACAACUAUGAAACAAUUAUCUUGCAUCAAUAUUUACCAAAUUCUAGAAGGUUACAGGUAAAUAUGUUUACUAAUAAAUUACAUUUCAAUGUAGUGCAGUUUUGUGAAAGCAAUAUGAAUGGAAGUUUCAGCAUUCGUCUCUUUAAUUCAUAAAUCAGCCUUUUGUUCUG